AUGGGCACCAAUUGUCGCGACUUUAUCUAUGAAGCCAAUCGUAUCCUGAAGAUGAAUGGCCUGCUCUUACUGGUUGAGGUGGCCAGUCGUUUCGCCUGUCCCGUCAAGGACUUUCUGAAGAGGCUAAAAUCCUUUGGAUUUAAGAUUGCUGCCUUCGAGAUCACAAAGGAUACCUACUUUGUGCGUGCUCGACUUGUUAAAUUCAAGGACCUUUCCUGUUCUCCGGUCUCCUCCCUGCCCGACCUUCAACUCGAUCCCUGUUUGUACAAAAAACGGUGA